AUAUUACUAGCGCCCCUGGUUCGAAUCGAUCUUCUUAUUGAGGUAAGCAAAGGAAAUUGACUCUAUAAUGAACCAAAAGAGAAACAGGCGACGUGAAUAAAGUCAUUCACACAGGAGAAUUGCAUUUGCACACCACAAGGUUUUAAGAAUAAUAACUGAAAUUAACCUGCUGAGCCGAAAUGUAGUCUGUAGAAAAAGGGCUUUGCUAGAAACUUCAAAGGAAACACAAUUGUUGGUUAAUAUACACAAAAUGAACUUCAAAAACUGCCAGCAAGGGACUAGCCACGCAAUUCUGAACAAAGGGGCGUCAACAUCACAGAUUAUAUGAAAAAAACAACUGCACGAUAUUAAAAAGACCGAAAGGAUUACAAUAAAGAUCACGCUUCCAAUGCGACUCGACAAAGUUUUCAACAUGUUUCUGAUAUUUUUCCAAAAAAAAAAAUAUUUAGAAUUUUAAUGGAUCCAUAUAAUGCAGAGCCAUUUGAAAUCUAAAAUGUUUUGACGACUGAACCAUGCAUUUAACAUGUUUUAUAUCUACUUCUUUAAAACUGGACAACUCCACCUUGAGGCACCUUGGAUUUUACAGUACCCAUCAAAGUUGUCAAAGCAUUUGUGGAAAACAUGUCAAAACCUAAGUCAGAUGGCAACGCCGUGGCGCGGUCUAUAAUGUAAACAGAAACAUUCACUUACAAACUAAACGAUUACUUUCACUGAGUUAAAACACUGAAGUAACCAUUCGAUUCUGAAAUUAAGCCAGUUGAAUUAAAAAAUUACAACUUAUUUGACACAAACACUUAUGCACAAUAGAAAAAUAGAAGUUUUUUUAUUUACAUUUAGACAAAAAGCUGUUUUUUGCCUUUACAACUUGUAGUCAGGAACCUAGUUUACUUGUAGUAAGGGGUGCGAUUUAGUUUGAGUAAAACUGCAUACCAUCAUUUUUGUACACCAAAGUUUUCCUUUUCUUGGUUAUUGCAAUUAUUGUUGUCAAACCAAGCUGUUUGUUUUGACACAAUACUCGAAUCCAACAUUUUCAGUCCAAAAAUUGUAAGACUUUUCCAUUUCCGCAAGCAGCCGUUCCUUUUUUGUCUUGUUAUGAACGCAUUAGGAAAAUUACAGGAAAGCACAGCAUGUAUAAUAAAUUUAUAGUAAGCCUAUGUAUAAAAAGAAACACUAUAUGAAACAGCGUGAGAGCGUAUACAGUUGAACCUCUCUACAACGGCCACCUUGGGAACAGAAGAACGUGGCCAUUGUAAAGAAGUGGCCGUUGUAGAGAGGUUGAAACAAGAGUCAAUGUAUGGACUUUUUUGUCCGCAGGAACGAAAAAAAUGGCCGUUAUGGCCGUUAGCGGAGGUUUGACUGUAUUUAAAAACACUGCGGAGAAUCACGACAUUAUUCACAUUCCCGUCGAGUUUUACAACCUUUAUUAGCUCAUUUUAGCAAUUUCCGUGAAAGGUAUUUAACUCACAUCAACAAGGCCGUUUUUCUAUUCUCGGGGAACUGCUGAUCAAAGAGGUAAAACGUCUCCCGCUUCCGCCGUACCCCUUGUGGUCAAGUUACAUAAAAAAUGAUAAUCGACGUAACAGCUACCGGCGUCCGACGUUGAUUCCAGUCAAACUCUAUAAUUUAACGCCAGACUUUACCGGUUGUUUGACGCUACAUCAGUUUACGAAACUGGGCCAAGCUUGUUGCACCAUGUAAUAAAAUCAGGAAGCCUAGUGCGCUGAAAUACUAAGUAAUAGAUAUCGCAAAACUCAAACACAAAAAUAUGUCGUCACUAUAAAAAAUGCGCCACAAGGACUUUAAGGGGAAAAAGGCAAACUUUCGCUUUGUAAAAUAUAUGGUAUCACAUGGGAUCAAGGUUUCACAUGGAUGGUCACAGAAACGUAUUUCAUAACGGUCUUCACAAUAGACCUUUUUUACCGAUACGGCGGCCACAUUGAAUUUAUUAGAGUUGAGGAGUAUUAUGGGAUGUCCACGGGGCACUCGCUCAGUAUUUACGCGCGCUUUUCGGGCAAAAAAGAACUUCACUGUAUAUUUCUCCGCAGAAAGGCGAUCCUUAUUACAUCCAAACACGGCACUACGAUCUUUUUUCCCCCAAUAAAAUCUUUUUGUACGAAAACUUAAAGAAAAAUUGGCCCGAAAAGUGCGCGUAGAUACUGAGCGAUUAUAUCGGAUCGUGCAUCCUAUAAUACUCCUUAAAUCUAAGUAAUUCAAUGUGGCCGCCGUAUCGGUAAAAAGGUCAAUUGACUCAGGGGGUAAAAUUGGUUAACGAAAUUUUCUUUGUGCAACUAAUCAUCAAGGUAAACCCGCACGAUUAACGUCUUGAAAUUAUGUGAUUAUUCCAAGCCCUUCACAUUCAUCCUCGAUUUACCGAACUAUUGUGGUCCCUCAUGACACCUAGGGGGAGCGCCGCAGCGAAGGGAUGGCACCGCCGUCAGUGGUAGUGUGAACAAGAUUUUUAUCAGUGUGAACCAGGUUCUAGUUCCAGAGUCGACGCCAUUUUGCUUCUAUUUCUCCUUUUCGAGAGGUCUCUAUCCUGGUACUUAGGGUUCCUCUCUCCUGAAAAAUCAACUUUCAAAAUUCCAAUUCGAUCUGGAAGUUCUAGAAACGUGUCACCAUCUCUAAAUAAUGUUAGUUUGGUUUGUGUUCGCGUACUAGUAGAUUGGUUUUAAACGCAUAUUCCCCCUCGAAGGUCAAGCAACUGCCUAUUAGGACAGAAUUAGAGAACUUAUGAAAAACCGUUUUCGAACAUGUGCACAGAUGAACCCUUUUCGAUGAGUUUAAGGCAAUGUAUGUCCACACAACUCCAUUUAAACCCGUUUUAACCUCAAACCUGUGUCUGCGGCUUAGUCUACAUGCAAAAAGUAAUUGUUAACAAACAUUUCAUAAACAACCUGCAAGAUGGGUAAGUGUUCGUAUUGGUCUCCCGUGAACAGGCCUUGUGUGCGUAUACAAAAUAAACGGAUUCGUACAGAUAUUGGGCCAUUUCGAGGCUGCGGGUGAAACUAGGUAGGAGCUGUUUCGAAUAGCACCGUUGGACUGUUUGGGAGGACAAAAUUUGACUGAUUUCCCUUGACAACCUUGAAUACUGUAAAAAACCCGCCACUAAGAACCUGGUUUUUAAGAACCUGUUAGGCCCCUUCUAUACGAGAACCUGUUUAGCCUAAAAUUUGAAACAGGUUCUUAUUUUCUAAAAUCUAUAAAAAAAAUCGUCUUUGGAGAUAUAAGUGUCUUAUCACUCCAACUGCAAUGUAAUGGUAUGCAGAUAUGUAAGGAAUAAGAUGAAUAUACCACUAAAUACUAUUACCCGGUCGCUUCAAUGUAUUUUUUUCUUCAAAAAAUGAGAGCCUAUAUAUAGCCUAAAUUUGCGCUAAUUACCAUUUCUUUAAGAUCCUGUUUAGCCAAACUCGAGAAAGUACAUGUUCUUAAUCGCGAAUUUUUACUCUAGCCAACAAAAGAGGCGAAAGAGUCUCGCAAACAAUCACAUGGUGCAAUGCGACCCAACACCGACCCAGCUUAAGAUCAACUUUAAGGUGGCUCGACUGGAUAUACCUCCCAAGUUUAAGCAUUAACUACGUCGGCAUGAGUAAAAAAAGAAAUGGGUAAAAGGUUACUACAGCCGUAGUAUAUAAAGAUGAAAAUUUCUUAUGAUCUGGGUUUUAUUGCAAUCGGAGUCGCCAUGGCAACCUAAUGAUACCAAUACGUUUUUUAUUUAUCUUUGUGUUUCUCUGUACCAGGAGUUUUUUUAAGAAAAAAACAUCACUGACUUGUUUUGUUUUAAGCGCGCACACUACAAAGCCUUUAUUUUUUAUGUUUCCUUUCAUGAUGCAUGCUAGCCUUGAGACAAUUCUUAUGUAUCUGAAGUCCACUGAUGAAGGGCCAGACCCGAAACGUCUGGAGAUUGAACACACAAACAUCACAAGAAGGCACUUUUGUUCAUUAUCCUUUUUUUGUACUGAACAUUCCUUUAUUUACCUUCUCUUAUCGGAAUUUUUUCCCUUAUUUAUUUGUUUUGACAUACUUUGACGGCUCGUGACGACGCACGCGACAGGGACACAAAUAGUUCGCGCCAAAUGACGUCACUUGAUGCGAUUUUUUGCAGAGGAAACAAGUCGAGCUCUCGCUCUUUCGCUCGUUGUUGCCGCAGAAAACACAAAAAAUCUACCGCUCGCGAAAAAUUUGAGCUCGACUUGUAGGCAAGUCUAACAGUUAGCAAAUAUUUUAAGAAAAUGACACACUUUAGAAACGCGGCUUCAUCUCAUAGUGGUUUGACUCCACUGAGAAUUGCGUGCACAAAAAGAGGGGAAUUACUCAAGACGAUCGGGAUUUAGAGAACAAUUUUAUCAACCUUCAGUCAGCUACUUUUGUUACAGUUUUUGCUCGUAAUUUGGUCAAAAACAAUUUAUCACGGUUAUUGAAAAUGUAAGGGUCGAAAUAUAUUUACGUUUUAUUUGAAUUCAAGCAUAAAGAAUUUUUUACUUAUCAAGGAGGUUAUUUGCUAAACACCUCACUAUAAUUAAGUUCCUGGUGUCGGAUUUUCAGUAGCAGGUUUAGAUCGCGUAAAAUUCGGAUUUUAUCAAUUUUUGUUUAUUGUUGUCAUAGAGAUACCGAUUUUAAUAAAAACUGCAUUUUGACAAACUUCAAUUCAUAGUCAAUCACUGGUGAAAGGUUUGUAGCGACCGGACAAGGACAAAAUCACUUUUAACGCAAUUGAAAAACUUCGGUAUGGUCUCCGAAAAACUGUAUCGAGAUUGUAUGUUUCUGAUUUUAAACAAUCGCAUGAAGGUGCGAUUCUUUCUCUCUGUCUUCUACUAUUAAGCCGGAAAUUUACUUCACUGAGAGACAAAGUAAUAAAUUUAUUAGCAGCUAAACUCCAGGGGAAAUCUCUGAAUAUAAAUAAACUUUAAGUGAGGAAAUCAGAGAGCAUAAAUGAAUGGUGAUUCUUGAAAUUGAUCCGUGGAUCAUUUUAGCAUGCUGCCUUUGGCCUCAGUUUAGAAAAAUUACAAAAAUUCAAGGUUGGCUUCAGUAAUCGGUUGACUGUGACGAUGGCUUUAAGUUUCUAACUUGGAAGCAACGUUUAGUUUAGAAAAAUGAUUGUACCACGGCUAAAUAUGUUUGGCUUAACUGUCCAUGCAUUAGCGAAUUUCUUUAGAUGAUUUUGAUUGCGAUUUUCCUAUUGCACAACAACGGGCAUUUGAGGUUAUAAUUAAAAAGCGUAUGAUAAAUAUGACAUCCGGUUAGCAAUGCGAAAACUGGACAAUUAAAGCAUCAGUUCGAUCCUAACCAUUCAACGGAAAAAUGAAUGGACAAUUUCUUAUUGGCUGUUUUCACAUUCGCUUAGUUAACAUCCUGUUUAUAUGACCAUAACAUUUAAUGGAUUAUUUCUGUAAGUCUAUUUUUAACUGAAAACUGAAAAAAAAUUGAAUUACUUUGGAUAAAAGUAUUCAAAUUACUUUUGGCUUCCAUUCUUGGCAGUAAUUUCCGAACCGAACUCAUUUUUAUCAUUGUUCCCCCUAAACCACCUAAACUCACUCAGGACGUCAGUCCUAUUUGGCUGCUUAUUUUGCUUAACAGGUAAGCUGAAGGCAUGCAAACUGUAUUCCAGAAUUCAUUACGACAGCACUGAAAGGUAAAAUUUACCGAUAGACUGUCUACAGCCAGAACCCUAUUUUACAGUCAGAUUGUUGUGAUCGAGGGCUCAUUACGGUGAAACCUAUCACAGGCUAAGGUUUAUUCUAUAGUGCCGCUUUUGAGGAUUCCUAUAGACCGAGGUGAGAAACCAGAACGGAACAGUUAUCGCGUUUUUUAAGUUGCGAAAGAAUGGUCGUUAAACGUUCGGAACUCUAAUGAUGAUUUUAAAAGCAAAUUUACCAGUCAGUUAUGUUGAAAAAAAAUCUAAUUACAGCUGAGAAAUACAAUACAGGCAAAAUGUAUUUAAGCGGUCACUUUCCCCCGAAAAUGAAAGAAAAUCCCGAAAAUGAUUUCCCUUGAUUACUUUAAAAUUAACACGUUUUAAGCGGUCACCUCUAUUAAGCAGACUUUUAGCAUCAGGUUUUCAUGGUUAACGGCAAACGGCAAACCUGAGGAUAUCACGUGACCUCGGUCUUGCGGUCGCGUUUGCAGUUUGUAGUUCACUUUUGCACGGCAGGAAAAGUUUCCAGCAGAAAGUGAUUUACGGCAAGGUUUAUUGCCAUUAAAAAUUAUACAGUCUCACGUUUAAAGGCAAGAAAUAGGUUUCUGCACCCGCCUGUGAAGUGCCAAAUAGAUUUUUGAACUCGAAUCAAUGAAUUCUUCAUGUUUUUCAGGCGAUAAAAGUGAAGCACCGUGACUUGACGAAAAACAACAUGGUGGCACUACACAGUACUACUGUAAAGUGCUCUGCUAAAAUUAGAAAUCUUGACAACGUGAAUCUGCAAACGAGUAAUUGCAAACUGCAGUUUACGGUUUGCGGUUUCCCAAGUAAAACCUGAUGCUAAAGGUCUCUAUUGUCUUCACUGUGCAUGGUAUUCAGUGGUAUUUUGAUCAUUUUCUUUUGGCACCAGCCAUGUAGAAACUUUUCGAGGUCAAUAUGUCAGUCUUGUUAUGGAUAUUUGGCUUUGAUUCCUUUAUAAUCUCUUGGGUUUAGUGUCAAACCUGUAUUAAACCGUAAAACUGUAUUAAGCGGUCAGUUGGUCCAGCGGUAUCCCACAAAGAUGACCUCUUAAAGCUGCUGGUUUGUUGACUAUAGUUGUUUCUCUAGGCACCAGACCCACUCUUCCUCUUUGUCCAAAGUUACGCUAGCAACCGCGCUAUCGUUUUGUUUAACGUCUCACGAAUCUUUAUCGUCUGUAGGUGUCAGUAAUUUUGAUAUUUUUUGGUUUUCCGUUCAUCGUUCCAUGUUUUUGCAACACAGGUUAUUAUUCGUUUUCACUUUACUUUGUAAAAUAGCGUAUUUUCGAUCCAAAUAGCGUAAAUGACCUGAUAUAGGAUUUAAAGGAGUGAUAUGGAUCUCUAGACGGCCUAGAUGUAUCAAUUGAUGAAGUGGAUAUUCCGCUAUUUUAAAACUCUCUUGAUACUUUUGCCGAAAGCAUUUUAGUUUUGUUGGGCUUGAUACAGUUAAGACAAUAAACUCCUCUCUUUUAAUCACCUCCUACCUAUUAAACGCCCCAGCUUGGACCCCUAAAAUUAAAUAGACGCCUCGCCCGGGCGUUUAUUAGGUCAUUUACGGUAAUUCUUUGUCAGAAACCCGGCUCUUGGAGUAACGUUCAUAGAGAGAGUUCUGGAGGUCGUCUUUAACCUAUUCUGUUAAAGUAUCCACAACAGUCGUCAAAUUUCGCUGAAACGCUAGACGAAAACUAAGGAUUUUUCACUUUACAACGUCUCAACCGAUUUGUCUGAUUUUUCACAGUGCGGUCUGUUCCAUCUUCAAGAUCUUCAAGAUUGAAGGACCUCUGCUCGCAGGGCAAAACCCGGCGAGUUUGUCAAACAAAUAUGACGAUUACUUUAGAUGGCAGUUUAUUCAUUAUUCGCUCCUAAAUGGCCGUCGUGAAGUGCUUGGCCAACGCGACGCAAUUUGAUGGCUGAUAUGAUGUCGACCUGGAGAAGAGGUGGUUGUGGUUAAUGUAUAGACUUUCCGGCGAGACAAUAAGAAAUGACGGUUAGAAAUUAAAAGGCUGGUCAUCUUGGUUUCAAAUUAAGCGAUAGACGGAUGUCAGGAGUGUGUAGUGUCGGGUUUAGAGGGUUUUGUUUUUUGACCCAGAGAAAACUUGUUGUUCAUUAUUUGUGUAUUUAUAUAGACGAAGAGAAUUUACUAAAUCAAGUUUAGUUACACGAUUUUGACAUCAGAUAUUUCCUUAUAAAAGUCUAAUGAGAAUUGUCAGCGACUAUUAUCAUGAAUUGACGCGGGCUACCAAACCAAAUCUGAAAAUCUGCAAACUGAUUACCCUUUCAAAAUCUAAAUAAGAUAUUGAUCAGAAAGAAUUGCAAGACUUGUCUGCAUUUCUCACUUAAUUUAGAUUUAGAUUACGGUCAGUUAUAAGCUAUAAUGGAAACCUCCCUUCAAUUUAUUUAACUGUUUUUGUUGUUAUAGCUAAUUAAUAACCUGAAAACUUGUUACUCAAAGAUUUGGCUACAAUUUCUGCGCAAACAAAUCAAAGUGUUUUUUAAUAUUCAACCUGAAUCCCUUGUUUAUUUUAAAUCACAUUACAAGCGCGGUUAUUAUUGCUACUUUGGCAGGUACCAAUUAAAAACAUAGUAUGAUAAAUAAAUUCUUUAACUACUAGUUUUAAUUUAAAUGCAAAACAAAAAACUUCUUGUUAGGAAAAUUGGCCUAAAUUUUCUCUUCUCUUCAAUUACUGGUCUUUUUCAAUUACGUAUAUUUUAUCUCGUACUGUUAUAAAGCAAUUGUAGCUAUUGUUUUUCUUUCCAAAGCAAAUAUUGACAAAGCAAAUUAAUCAGCGGAAAAUGCGCCUUAAGUUACACCUUCACAUUCUCCGGUACAAGACGCAUAUGUACACGUCGCGCACAGCCUGUAUUUAGUGGGAUUUGACUCUUUACCAUAAAGGCUUAUUUAUCGGUAGGUAGCUUUCAGUGCUUUUCAAAUGUUUGACGAUUUAGUUCCAUUAUCCGGACAAGCGCAUAACACGACGAGUAAUAUUUAAGCAUUUAAGUACAUAACCGCUAUUUGAAAUAGCAAUAGGAAACUCUACAGAAAACGUCAUUAUGAUUUCACUGACUGGGUUGACUAGUGUACGCUCGACAUGAAGGAUGUGUCGCUAUCACAGCUGAUGAGAUCAGUGGCCUUAGUAUGCGCAUGAGAGCUUUAGUUAUCGUUUGACACUGAAGGAGGGGAUAUCCCUUAGAAAACAGUCUCUUUCAUCUACAGUGCAUCUACCAACUCUGAAAACAAUAUAUUUUUUACCUAUGACAUUUAACUUGAGUUUUUCGCAGCAGAAUUCACUUUUUCUUCUAUGAAUCGAGCUUCGGUCCUUUUAACGUCCGAUAUCAUUAAAUAUGCAGUUAUGAGUUAAGAAAAACAGUGAAACAUUGUAUGAUUCACGGUUCAGGCUACUGAUAUGAAUCCGUUAGAGUUUGUAGCCCUAACGCUAAACGUAUACAAACUUAUGCGUUAAAUUCAUGGCUUUGAUGGGUCUUUUGGUUAUCCUACAUAUUACCGGGUCCAGUUGCAUAAAACCUAGCUUCAUCGUAAUUGCUGAGGUGAUCUAAGGUCCGACGACGUUACUUAAAAUAAAGAGUUUGACUGUCCUGAACGUCAGACGUUAACAGUUAAAUUAACUGUUAACGUCUGACGUUCAGUAGCUCUUUGAAAUAUACCGAUUCAUAAUGAAGAUUUCCACACAUAAUUCCAUACAAAAGGUGAGAUAAAUACAGGAAACGCAAGGUUCCAUGCACAGUUUCAGCUCGAUUUACACAGCUUUGAUCAAAACAUUCUCAGUUUCGAGAAUAGUUUAUUCUACACCUUACGAAAAGAUUUAAUUAGAAGUUGAAUUUUUCGCUAUUUCUCUUUCACUUUUUACAUUCAGUUCAUUUUAUUUGCCGGAAAGUAAACCUUUGAAAUUAAAAGGACGUUUGAUCGAUUCACGCUCGCGCAUUCUAGUCUUAUUUGAAACUUUAUAACGCAAGGACAUCUGUGAGCAGGGGAAAAGUCAGCACAGAAUUUGAUUGUCGGCGAAUUCAUGUAAUUGUCCAUCAAUCUGCUACUGAUAAGCUAGCCGUUGUUCACUCGUCUUCCUUGUUUGGGGCUGAGUCUUAUUCCGGUCAAAGAGAGAGAAAGAGUGUCUGACAAGGUUUCCAAGAUAAAUCAAAGAUUUGUGAACUCGUGUCUGGCAAACCUCCAAGAGUUUAUAUAAACACAGUUAAACGCACCUUAUAACCUCAUCUGCGCUUAACGAGUGUCUUUUGGCCCAUAACUUUCAAAACAACUGCUCCACAGAAUGUCACUGCGUAACGCAAAAGAGUAUCGAAGUAUGACUGCACAAUAACCGAUUCCUCGCGGCCCCUGUUCGAGCAAAUCGAGAUUUUUUCUAGUAUACUGACUGUAUAUUUGAACUGUAAGUACUGUCCUUAAUAUACGCGCGAGUUACUAGGGUGCCUCCUCGGGAUUUCGCCUCUGAAAUCCCUGCGGGGGCAAUAAUACCUAUAAAUUAGAUUCAUUUCCCUAAGGUGUGUUUAUUGUUGUCCUCCUUUGUCCCGCCUCGAUUAGCCUCGUAGCUAUUACGGGGUCAAGCCAAACACUGUAUUAAUUCAUCAUAGUGCAAUUUUACAAACAAAACCGUCGUUGUUGUUACUAGAAGUAUCGUCAAUUGUCACCUUUUUAUGCUGUGGACUGCUUUAUUACGCGAUUGAAUCUAAACAUGCGCACUAUAUAAAUAAUAGGUUAGAUAACGUGAUCUUUGGCAGUUUCGUCAAUCGUCACUAGUUGAUUUUCAGUCAUUUUAAGAAACAAAAUUUCAUAAAGCAAAAAAAGACUGGUACUUUUUCAAAAAAAAAUUUUGUCGCAAACUGUUUUAACACAUGCGCAUGUGCUUAACUGAUAGGCGACAAAGACUGGUACUCGUUCAGAACAACAUAAAACAAUGAUUUGAUUGAAAUUCUCCCACGACAUGAAAAUCGAUUUUUAGUUUGGGAUGCUGCUAUUUCCCCCCUGAGUCUAACAACACACUUCUUUGUUACAGGAGAACAGAAAUUCUUACAACUCAAGAAAGGAAGUAAGGUAGGUGUAUUAUUUCAAACGAAAAAACGAUUAACGAAUCUCGCCAGCAAAAGAGUGCGAAUUCAACUUAAACCUAAAAGGUCUAAUUCCUUAGCGAUUCAGUAUAUUUUUGGUUUGGAUUGGAAGGGCAAUAUUUAGUGUAACAUGAUUUAUUUAUAUUCUUUCAAAUCAUUAUUUUGAUUGGCUUAACGCCCGCGGCUAAUUCUUCAUAGCUAAUCGGCAUUGACUAAAUUACUUUGGAAGGUUCGAACUACACACCAUCAAUUCGAUGUUAUAUUGGCUUGGAAACUAGAUUGAUAAAUGGUAUAUUGACCAGGAAACGAGGUUACAUGGGCAAUAAACUGCAGAGGCAUUAGGUUCGAUUACCAGCCGCGCGCUGUUCGGAAGGUGUUAGCCCAAGGUAUCUUCUCGGAGUGAAACAAGACCGGAGCCAAGAGAGCGGAGGGCGGAAAUCAAACCUACCGAGGAAUCAGCGAGAUGUAGAGGAAAAAAUGUUAUAAGAUUCAAUAAAUAAUAAAUAACAAAUGAAUUUGGCUUUCACAUGAUAGGGAGAACAGACUUCCUCCUCCUCGGGUAAUUCGUUUUUUUCGCAGUUUGGUCGCGAACAAAGGCAAGCGCGAAUCGGAACUGAAGAGUGGCAAAGCGCAAGAGACCAUGGGAAGGGGGAAGAAGAAAGAAGAGAGGCGAAGCAUCUUCUCGCCCGUUUUCUCCUUCCCGCCUUCCUUUGCGAGCAAAUUUACAUCGAAAGAGCGACGUCUGGAAACGAGGCAAGCCUUCAGAGAUCUGCAUACUUCUUCAUAACAUACGAAGCUGAAUUCAAUAAUUGUUCAGUUAUUCUACUCCCAGCAAGGUGCAUUCUAUCGUUGCUUUUAUAAUAGCACCUUUCAAAAGAAAAAAGGGGCCGUCAAAUCGCGGUUGCGAAAUAUUUAUACUGUCCUGAGAUGUAAGGCUUUCGUCUUCACAACAACCAAUUUGCGCAAAAACUCGCCCGAAGGUACCUCCAUCAUAACAAAUUCUCAAAUCCUCUCUGCGUUGUCCACGUUUUCAUAGCGGAGCUCUGGCACGCGAAGCGCGCCUAAGGAGCACCAUGGGUAAGUAAAUUUACCCGACCCAGAAAAUUUGGUAAUCACGUGACCGUACACCGCCCGCCCGUCCGUCCGCAUCACAGGGCAACCAAUGUUCAACCUCAUACUUUCUAGCUAGUUUGGGAGCACAGGAAGACUGAUAUUGCAGACAUAUUGCACUUCAAUGUUGUGAUCAAUUGACAUCUGUCAAAACAGGGUAUGCGCUGACCGUAUCGUGGGCGCAGGUGCCGACCCAUCGAGGUCGAGUAUCGUUUUGAAGUUAUCCGCUGACAAGUUACUAGUUUUCAAAUGAUUGCAGGUAGUAGUCUCUUUUGCAAUUUAAAUCGCUGUGCCGUUUGUUUUAAGUCGCUUAUGAACAUCGCUUGCAGGAGUAGUCAAAAUGCCGCGCGUAUCAAACGCUUUUGAAGAUUACACGUCGUUAUAAAAUCAUUAAAUAAAUAAUAAACAUAAUAAAUUCUUUAUUAUGUUGACUAAGCGUAUAACUAUAUUAAUCUUAAUUUAAAAACUUUGGCGCUUGUCAAAAGUGAGAACCGGCUAGCCGUAUAGGUGAUUUUGGAAAUUUUGUUGACGGUUUCGCUAAAACUGAGCCCACGCUUGCUUCGAUGGUCCUGAACAUUGAAUGAGUGUAAUUUGUAUUGCAAAAUUGUGAAAUACUGCAUUCUGUCCGAGGUCUGUACGAUAAAAACAGCGUCUAAUGGUACUGUUUCACCUCAGAUGUGAUGUAUAAAAAGUAUAAAAGGUUGGUUUACACGUCCCCAGACUUGUUUGCAAGAUUUUGUAAAGUAAACUUGUCGAACGCAAAAAAUUCGGCCUGAUUUGUUUUCCAGCCCUAAUCUACUGUGAUCAAGAGCCAUGAUGGCUCUUAAAUGUGAUCGAAAAUAAUUGGUAUUUUUUGGGUGUACAUAUAAGGCUAUCAACUUAGCCUGUAGUGCAGGUGUAUUUUGGGUCGGCGAAACAGUUGUUUGUGUUCGUAUUGUUGUAGCCGCCAUCUUUGAUUUUAUGACAGUGGAAGAUUGGGGAGAGUAGAAAUAGUAACCCUAAGGGUAGGUGCGAAGGCGAAAGAAGAAAGGGGGAGGGCGAGAGGAGAAAAAAAUACGCCUGCCCGAUAUCAUUGUUCUUUUGGGAAACUCCGUACGCUGGCAAACGGAGCUCCUGAUUGGUGCGGCAUAGGGAAGUAGAUUGAUGCCUGUCAAUUAACGGUAAGUCUAUAUUGUUUAUUCCAUUUAUAUUUGCAUGCAUUUGCGGGAAAGAAUUAUUCCGAAUUCAGAAAUGGCGGACGUAAAUUCGAAUUUUAACUCAGCUGUCGAAGCAAGUCUUUUGGAAUUGGAGCGGCUGGGAAUGUCGCGUGUAUUACGCAAUGAGAAAGUCAAAGCGAUUUCUACACUGGUCUCCAGGACAAGAUUUGCUCGCAGUACUAAAACCUACACCACUUUUACCUCAUGCCAAAAUGCUGCCUGUUCCAAUACGUUUUUUUUUUCUGGCGAGUAGAUCAUGCUCUAGAGGGUUCUAUGCUUUCACUGAGCAAAUGUGAUUUUAGCCGCUUGUUUCCCACUGAGAGGUCAUGACACGCUUAUUGAUUUUCUAUGGUUUUUGAAUUUCUGGUUUCCAUGAUUUGCCCUUUCCCUGCUAGCAGAGGUCUCUCGUCGUGAGAGACCUCUGCUAGCAGGGAAAUUUGCCCUCUGAUGCAACAGCGUUUUCUUUGACCUCUUUUGAGGCGUAAAGCUCUCUUUUGUGGCUAAAUAAGGCUGUUAGGUUCUUUAUUUUUGUCCAAAGUGCCUCAGGAUCUGAAUAACUAAGCGAUUUUCUUUCUAGUACGAGAACGUGAUGUUUUCCUGCAAUGUAUAUUCUGUGCCAGCCAUUAAUAUUGUUUCGUCGGCGUUUAGCUUAGCUGAUUGUACCUUGGAAAAGAAACUCUCGACUCUAGGUCUUGUUUCAGCGGGCUCUAAUGGCAUUGCACCAUUGACCGGUUUUUGCGGACAAGAAGGUGAUAAUUUGUGCACUAUGUUUCAUUCAGUUUGUUGUCUAUUCCAUGCGCAAUCCUGUUGUUUAUCGGACGGCGAAAAAAGUAGUGUUUUUCUAACUAUUUAAGUUGUUAUAUAAGCCUUAACCAGGCACUCUUUCGCUGCAGCUCACUCAACUUAAAAAUUUUAGACUGAAAUGACACCGGUUUAAAACUUCGCGAGGUCAGUUUACUGAAUAAAUGUUCUAAAAUUUGCGUCAUUUUCAAUUUGGACUCGUUGGAAUGCCCGGCGUCAUAUAAAGGCUUUUAAUCGGCCUUUGAAUGAGUUUUGUUGUUUUAAAUUGCCAAGUAGUACAUUGAGUGGAUAUAACCCGGUUUUCAAAAAUCCAGGUAUAAAUAUGAAUUAAAGAAUUAUCACAGCAAAGUCAUGGAUGGAUUCGGAAAAAAAAUUCCUUUUUUUCGUUCAAUAGACUCUCACUCAACUGUUUAAAUCUUCACAGCUCUGCAACACUCGCGUGGCAAAACGGUUCCUCUGAGCGUUUCUGAAAGCUAUAUUGGGGUACAUAAUAGUGGCAACACCGCAUGUCGUUUUUCGUAUCGCAGACACAACCUGGUCUUGGUCGUUGUUAUCUAAAGACUUCCUUGUUUGCGUCGGGUAUAAUCGAACUUUCUUUGUGGGCGCUGCUUUGUUUGUGAAUCACUAGGUACGGUGCUUCGUGUUCAGUUGUGUUAAGCAAAAUCAACGUGAAGUCAGUGCUUUUCUUCGCUUUUGGCGUCUUCGCAGUCUUUCUAACAGGUUAGUUUUAAUUGAAGUUUUCAAGGUUUUAAAUAAGAACUCAGUAAUUCUCUAGAACACGUUCUAAAACCAAAUGCGAUAUUCUAAAAUGGCCAAUUUCUGGUAAAAAAUAGCCAUUUCCAGCAGUGUUUUUUCCACAUUUGAUGUAGUAGGCUUAAAAAGAGGUAUUAUCUAGAAUGAAAAUUCAAAAUGUUACCAUGCACAGGACUGGUUUGGUAAUAUAUUCCUUUUUUAAUGCAGAUCGUGCCGGUUUCCAGUCGUUUUAGGCAAAAUGUUUUGCAAUUUAGCAAUGAUCAAGGAAAAAUUCCGAAAAUUUUCAAACGCUCUCAAAAUAACCACGAAAAUUUCCAGCAACGUUUUAGUAAUAGUAAAAAAUGCAAGAUUGAAAGAGGUUUUGUCAGAUUACCAAAAAUGAACUCAAGGUUUCCAAAUACUCACGUGUACGAUUGCAACUCAAAAUGACGGUGGAAAAUUCCACCGUCAAUUUCAGGCGAUGGCUGAAAAUGCGAGGAUGGAAAUUUCCAUUGUCCUUUGCUUAUCAUACAAAGAGCAAGACCAAGCAGUACGCGACCAUAUUUCAAUGCCGAUGGAAAAUUUUGCCGUCAGUGUUACACAAACGCUGAAAACGUAAAUACACUCUCCAAAAUCAUUUUUCAAACAGGCUGUAAACAAUAGAGGAUAAAGCUUUAUCCCGUCUUGGCUGUAAAUGACUACCAUGAUGCAUAAUUAUCAUCUCUAACAAGCCAGGUCAGAAAUAAAACGUGUUUUUUAAUCAUAAUUUCAUUGGUGGCGUACAUUUCAGUUAUCGCCAAUGUCGGUGAUUGAUUUCGCGAGAAAAUAGGGAAAGCAGUCUUGAGCCGGUUGUUUCCGUGUACAAUGUAGUGUUUUCUGGAAGAUCAAACAUGAGUGGAUGGAAGUGGCAUUACGCCGACAAAGCCUGUUCCUGCUUCUCGAAGAGGGAGAAAGCCGAGCCGAGCGCUUCAGAUAAUUGUAGAAUUUGCAGCUGUUGUUUCAAAACACAGUUCGGGAAUUUAAGAGUGGAUGGAUAAGCUCUGAAAAUAUGUUUGUUGCCCCUACUAGUACUAGAAAAAGGUGAAACGUUACCAAAAUUGGCCGACCUUCUGAUAAACGAACUUUUCGUUGUCCAGUCGAAGGAGAAUCUUUCUCCACAAAGGUGGAAACUGCGCUGCGAUUCUUUCGCAACUGAACACGCCAACGGACAAUGAAUUCAUCACGGUAGGGAACAUCACAAAUGACUUGUUGCAAACAUAACUUGACAGUUAGCUAAGAGCUUGCAUCAAAAUUUAGCCAAUGGGAAUUGCCCGUGGCUGGGAGAAGCGGGCAAUUCGAACGAAUAUAUCUUAUUCAAAACGGACAGUCCGUAUUUUUAGUGUAUCUCCCCAGUCUCACUCUCCGUUUUCAGCUUUUGUUUAACUGUUCGUGCGUACAGUGUACUUGAAUACGCAAAAUACGGACUGUUUUACAGUCUCCGCGGAUUUUAACAGGCCGUUUUCACACAGUUUGCUUUAGAGUCUCAGGUCGCUUUUCCCUCUAGACUUAAAGCAUAUUAAAAUCUGACUCGAAUCUGACCAAUAAUGUGUUAAAAUGGAAGAAGAUCAGCUGUUUCACAUAUACCGAUUCCGUGUCUGUUAACUUAUCAUGACUUAUCAACCUACAGAUAAGAAAUUCAGUAUACCUUCUCUUCUCGGUUUAAGCCUCCACCGUGUCUACAUUUCUGUUCGUGUUAAAACGGUUUCAAAACAGGUGGAGAGGAAAUGCAACUCAAACAAUAAAAUAUUCGCUAAAUAAGAGUCAGUACUUAUCAAAACUUAAAAAUAGCGGUAGAAAAAUGAAACAAACAUGUAAAAACCGGAACUUUAAGUCUGUACUUAAAAUACACUUUCUGACAGCGGGUUUCACUUACGUGAGGAAGCAGACAUAAAAACGGAAACCUUUCUAGACUGAUCUGGAAAAUGAAAGAAGAUAAAUAGACAAAAAGCCUUGCCAAGAAUCUAUCAGGUCUAUGCAAUAGUUCAUAUGCGAGAUAUUCGGAAAAACGUUUUACCCAAAUUUAUAAAGCUUUGUAUGGAGACGCCAUGUUUGUGUCCCUUUCAGGGGCACAAAUAUGGCCGCCGGAAACCAACAGAAACAUCUGUUUUUGAGUUUUCCUACUUAUGCGUGAAUUCUUCGCUUGAGGAACUCAUAAAGAUUAAAGUAAUAUUUAUUCUAAGACAAGGAAUGUUUAGAUAGCAAAAUCUCCAAAAAUCCGUAAUGUUUUUAACCCAUAUAAGAGCUUUCCCGGCCGCCAGCUAAAUGACGCGUCACGCAAAAGCCUGGAAAUUCAAGCAUCCUGUAUCGCAAAACAAAGAACCCUUUUGAACCGAAAAUUUGUUUGUAUGAAGCUUUUAAGGUGCUCUAAUAUCACAUGAAAGUAGAAACUCAGAAGAAGGGAUAGUUCAAGUUUGAAUUUUGGUGACGUCAUGUGAAAACCGAGAAUACGUUGCUUUUGAUCGUUACGUCCAAAAACAGGUGACCAGGUGGGGCUGGCAGCGAGGCCUGGAACCGAGUUUAUAUGAUCGGCCAAGUUAAGAAAUCUUUUUUAAACCAUAAUUUUGUUCCAAGGGGUAGUGUAGUUUUUGGAAUUUACAUUAUGUAAUUUUUCCCUUUCUGUUGGCAACAAAACACACUUGAAUGAGGACUCAAACUGAAGGCAGUGUAAUAACUGCCGUCAUGAAAAGAGAAUUCCAAACACACAAAAUAAUUUCCCUUUCAUUUCAAAUCACAGGAAGAUAAGAACUUAAGCAUAUCAACAUGUACAAAAUCAAGAGAGAAUGAUCUCUUGGCAAAAUUUAUUUAGCUUUUAGUACAUAAAGAAAUACAUGAACUACGAGAUUUGACCAGGCCACUCAAUCAUCCAACGCAACGCUGCCAGGAUAAGUUCACAAUCAAGAAUGAAGAAUUAAGACUCUCAAUCAAUCAUUUCUUGUCGUCUUAAAGGUGUAGCAAAACCGUAAACAAUUCUUUCGACCACAGCCACCGCCCUUUUUUUAACAUCCCUGUGAAUUAAUUUUGGGCCUUUCACUUGAAAAUAUAAACUCUUCUACAUACGUAUUGGAGGGUUGGCCCUUUUUUUAGUCGUGUGGGUCUUCUAAACAGAAACACGGCUUGAGAGCCUGCAUCUAGAGAAAUGAAGUGAGUCAAAAGGUCCGGCAUCGAGGAACAAUGUCUGUUUUCGAUCAAUGUUCACUGGUCUCGUUCUUAGCGUAGCAAACCGCAUGUAAUGACAAACACAAGACCAGAAGAAAGGAAAGCGUAAGCUCUAUAUUACCGCGGACAAAAAUUGGUUACAGCAAAGAAGGCAAUGACCAACGGGACCAAAAGCGAACUCAUUUCAUAGGGGGUGCGAAGACAAACUUCUUGUUGUUGUUCCCAGCCCGUUUCGCGCAUGCUCACUACAAAUCUCGAAUGAUUGUCAGAUUUCCUAGCUGGGGCGAUCAUGGAAAGCCACAUGUUAAUAGGAGCUUCGCUUUAGCACUGGCUAAAUCUAUAUAUUUAGAAAGCGUCAAGAGACAAGUCAGGCUUCAACCAAACUGCUCGAUUUUCAACACGGUGAGAAACUAUCUAGAUUUAAGAAUCUUUCGAUACAGUAACUGUGUAUGUAUAGGUCUCUUGGCUCAUUUUUCAUCGCUUAAACUUGCCCUAGGUUGAAAAGGGUAGUGCAUGUUAAGGCGAAACGUGGACAUGAGUAGCUUAUAGGAUCAAGAUAUAUAGUUUUUAUUUUAUUUUAUUUGUUUAAGAAUGUUCGAAGAGCAAACGCAUAUCAUAAUAUUUUCGUGUUGAAGAGAAUACAACUUCUGACGAGAAAAUCUUCCGUUAAAUAUUUGUUUACUGUACCGUCUCCUUCUUAUGUUUUAAAUGAAUAUUACUACAGACACACAAAAACACUCAAGUACGUAGCGCCACGCUCCUCUUUAAAGCCUAUUUAAGACCGAAUGAGCCGCCAUGUACAAAGCAGUGUUAAAAUACGUAAGACUUUGAUGUUGCGAGGUGCUUUGUUAUGAAACGUGUUAAACUAGCAUAUCUUAACUAUAAGCGCAACCGCUAUAGCUGUUUCUCUUUUACUUUUACUACUCUUGAAAGAUCUUAAAUAAGGGGAAAAGGAAAGAUUUCACGAUACAAUUUCGGGUUUUAUAACUCCAUCAAUACCCUAUUGAGUAUAGAAUUAUUCACAUUCUUCAAACAUUUAUCUGCCCUCAGAGUUUUUAAUUUUCAGGAAACGAGCUCUGAUGUUUCAUCAGAUUCAGCUAUAAUUCACACACAAUGCAAAAAAAGUCCAACUCGUUUGUUUACAAGUUUAAACGAAGGACUCAGGUCAACAAAAAAAUUGGUAAUAAGUACUCUGAAAAACUUACUACAACAUACCACGUUUAAAAGUUCAUUAGCGUUUACCAAGACCAGUAUUAUCUUAAACAUUCAUGACUUUAAACUAACAAAGAUAAACAUAUUAUAGAAGUGGGUGUGUGACAUAGGUAAAAUAUGAAUUUCAAUAACAGUACUGCGGGUGUAUUUAUAGUAAUGAGGAACACAUAUUUAUGUCAAGCAUGAUAGUUUGAUAGGCACAUGAGUGAUGUCGCCGCUGCUCAGCACAAUAGUCUUUUAGGAAUGUGUUUGGUAUACUAAAUUUUCACAAAGUGUGGGCUUUACUCAACUAACGUUGCUUUUUUUCAUUUUUACAUUGUUGCCCGACAACUGGUGAGCAGCGGCAUAGCAAGACCAACACUUCAUUUAGGUUGUUGUAAUUCUUUAACAAGGCUUGCACACGCUUAAAUGGAAAUAUCCACGAUACAGUUAGCUAUUUUCUUAGAUUGUAUUUUUAACUUUUAAAACUCUCUAACGCUAACUUGCUCAAACGGCACUAAAUUUUCAAUUUAAAACCAAAUGAACAGUACUUCUACUAAACACGAAUAGUUUUGUGUUUUAAUUGCACACAUAUUUUGCGGGACCAGGUAGUUCCUACGCAAUCGCCUGGUCAUGCCAGUUAGGAAACGAAAUAGAGCAGGGGUGAUAACAUGAAUUUCAGCCGUCUACUCGAGUCGCACACUCACGAGUGUGCGACUCGAAGAGAAGGCUUAAAUUCAGGCUGUUUGACGGGCGCCUUAUUACACACACACGUAGCAAAUAUUCCCUGGUCACAAAUAUUAUUGAGUUACACCUUUUUCUGUAUUUGGUGCCCUUAAACUAACAGAACAGAUCAAGACUGAAUGAAACGGUAAUUCUAAUUCAUGCACAGGCGUACUUUUUUCUCAACCUGUCGAGUAACUACUUGUUCUCAGUUAAUGAUGCUGCAACAAACAGUCCGUGUUUCAGUAAGAGUUAGCCUUUUCACCUUUUCUUUUUACUUCGUUAUGAAGAGUGGUAGGCAAACCGACACUAAGGUGAAAAGUUAAUUAACUAUAUUAAUACCACAGAAGCGUAAUAACUAGCGAGAAAAAAAGUUACACUUGGCGAAUAAACUCCGAGCUAGCCAAUCAGCGCGCUCAAAAAGCACAAUUCAAAUUGACUUGUUUGGUAUUUAUUACAACUCACUUUUGCUAUUGACGCUCGGCACCAAAACCUGUCAGAAAAUUGUAGGAGUAUUCACAUCCACUUCGGCGAUCAGUAAUUGUAGAGACUUUCUACCAGUAAGUGACAUAGCGGCUCGUACAUUGUUAUACAUGCAAUGAAGACAGUUGAACCUCUCCUUUGGGACACCUCCAUUCAGGGGGCACAAAAUUUGGUCCCGGAAAAAAUGUUGACAUAAUCUUUGUGUUUGUUACUUCUAUUGAAGGAACACUUUUUCUGGGUCCCGAAACCCGGAUUCAACCUCCAUUCAGGGGACACCUUAGCAAUCAAAGAGAGCAUGACUGACCGCAAUUAUAGUCGAUAAGUUUAAGUGUUCACUAGUCACAAUAGCGACAGCUCUCAAAACAUGAAUUAACUCACUUAAAUCCAUGUACUGCACUUAUGGGGAAUUCAACACACAACAUCGCAAAGUAUAAGUUAAUCACGAUUUUUUUUACACAUUAUCCAGCUGCUUGAAACAACGACUGCAUUAGAUUCCAUAGCCUGCAAGAGCAGACGCCUUUUUGGACUCUAAUAAAAGUCAGUACUUUAUAUGUUGGUUUAUUAUUAACCAACCCCAGCCCAUCCUCCAUUCAGGGGACACACUCCUUGGUCCGGAGGGUGUCCCCUGAACAGAGAUUCCAUAAGACUGUCCAGUGCUAACGCAAUAGCUCUGGAGUCAGUCUAAACUGUGUGCAGAAAACUGACUACUUUAUAAAAAGCCAGCUACACUAUGAAAGGCCUCAGGCGAGAGUUGUUUCGUUGUUUCAGCUGUAUACUAAUACUUGGCAGCAAGCAAACAAACUUCAGUCAUAAAAAAACUCUUCAUGGAGAACACUUAUGUCACUCGAUGAUGCACGAAAUUACUUUCGCGGCGAGGUUCCACUGGCGUCGAUUUGUAAGUUUAAAAAACGAGAUUGGCUUUUUUUUCCAACAAAUACCUGACACUGAGUGCACGUUGGGGGCUCAAUUAAAGUUAUGACUAUCAGUAGAAAGUGACGCCAAAAACUUUUCAAUUUCAAAAAAGCUAUUUGUACCUCUCCUGAAUUAACGUCCCUGAUAGUGCGAGAUGUCUAUUUGGGUUUCCGGGCCAAGGAGCUGCUAAGUACUGCCUUUGCAUUUGACUUAGCUGAAUUGUUACUUAGCAUCCAGUGUACAAAUAUAUGUUCAAGUAGUUUUAGCAAGGAUAACUUUGUCAUACAACAAAACGCAUUUUAAAGGAAUUGGGUUUCUCAUUGCCAAUGCUUUGUAAGUACACUAUUCUCUUCCAUAUUCCCAGAGGGUUUUAUGGUUAUGCAAACGCACCGAAACAAAAAUAACGGCGCUGAAAAGCACUCUUUCUAUUAAAAUACUUUUACUUUAAAAAGACGCUAUGAUUUACUCGUUUUAACACCAUGUCGCUAAAAAGGUCUUCAUACAUUAAAAAUUCCGCAAUUGCAUGAAUAUAGAUAAAAGUAGAUUUCAACUUUACCUUUUAUUUAGCUGUGGUCGUUUUUGUUAUUUUUCCUUUGAGGCUAUCCGCCGAUUAUUAUAAAAAAGCUAAGAGAAAGCAAACCAUACUUCAAGCUACCUUUUGUGUGCUUUCAGAAUUUUCAAUGGUUAAUCGAUUCAAAACCAUUGCCUUGUAAUACGUAUGAACUGCAAAUGGCUUGAGCGUAAUUGGGAGAUUUACAGGCAUUAGCAAAUUACCUUAAUUGUAGCUUCUCUAAUUAGGAAUGAAGACCAACGGUGAGUCUAGUUUGUACAUUCACAGCCAUCAGAGCGAAUAGUAGGUCAAUCUACUUUUUAUGGCGGCAUACUGGCUUUGGUACCUAGAUCUUAACAUCUCAAGCUAUUUUAAGCCAUGGUACACUGAUAUUGCUUGAGAUCGUCAGGACCAUACAGGACAAUCAUACAGAGAACGGUAAGAAAAACAUUGAUCUCUCCACGAUUUAGAAAACAACUUUUUUGCAGAUAAAAACUAUGCGUAAUGCAUCCUAACAGUUGACAACGAAAACGUAAUCUCCAAAGUCGUUAGGACUUCUUUUGUACCUUUUAUGAGUGUUGAAUGUGAUUUUUUUUUAUCUUUUUCCAGACGAUUUCUUAUUUUAGUGCUUACAUUUCCUUAUGAAUUAACAGUGGUGAGACCAGGUCAUUAUGUUCAUUUUUUUUUUUCGCUUCUUCAAAUACCUACAUUGUACCGAAGCGCCUUAAGUCAAAUGUAAGUGCUUCAUACCGUCCUGAGGUGAAAGGUUUUGCACAAUACAGAAAACUGGAAAUAGUUCUAUCCUUUCUCAGUAUCGGGUCUCAAUAUUCUGAGGACACAAGCCAUCACAAGAGAUACCUAUACGUCCAGGUGAAUUCACGUUUAUCUACACAACAAAACAAACCCUUUAACCAUAAAGACCAGUAAACGGACCGAAUUUCCGGACCUUUUUCCUGGUAACAAUUAGUAUGAUUUCAUUUUAAUCUGAUCCAAAAUUUUCAAAUUGAGAAGAUAAAACGCACUUAUUCAGGCUAUACUAAAAGUUUUAAAAAGUCUUGACUUGAUAAAUCCUUUUGUCAUCAGAAUUCUUCUUACACCGUUGUUGUCAUGAUUUUUAAGCUAUCAUAUUGCCUUUUCUGAGGACGGUGAAGGAUUUAUAAACUGGCAGGACAACGAUGACUCUUUUACAUUUAAGGCCAGAGAUUUGACCAGUUAACACUAUUAAAUAAACAAGGAUGGAGGUCAAUGUCAAAAGAGUAUCGCGGACUAAAGUAUAGUCUACUUUGCGUUGAAGGCAUUUAUAUCGGGCUACAGUAGAAACGAGCAUAAAAUCCAAAUAAUCUCUCGCAUGUGCCAUUGUGUAUCACUAUACCUGUCUGCUUUUAAUUUAGGGCUUUGCACUCAUUAUCGACUCCUGUCGACUCAACGUUAAGUAUCAGAAGUAUAAAAGGUAGAGGUUUUGCGUCUGACCAACGGCGUGUCUUUACAUUUACAUUAGUGCGUAUUAUUAAUUAAAAUGGCUUUCAGGUGCCGCGGCAUUCAAAAUCAUUGCAAAUCGAAAAGAUAGCUGCUUCGCAUUACCGAAGAGACGUACAGGCGCAUUUGUUCAAAUCUAACUGAGGCCGUUUCAUUGAUGAGAAACAUAAUAAUUUUUUUCGGAGUAGACAAGUAGGCAUCAUUAAAUCGCAUGAAAACAAAAUCACUAAAUAAAAUUCUUUAUGGAAGGAAUUGUGUGAAAAGUUUCAACUCUUAAGCGCCUUCAAAAUCACUUACUAUUGAAUCGCAACUGAAAAAAGUAAAAAUCAAUGAUUAAUUCAAGUGGUUAAAAUGUUAAUGGUUGAUGAUCCCAUUAUCCGUUAGACGAAUACUUUGUAUUGGUAUAAAUUCGAAAGACGAAUUCAGAUGGAUCUUUAGCUUUGAGAAAGAAUCUGGUCAGAAAAAAAAGGUACAAAAUGGCGCGUUCAUAGUCCUGGUAAGGAACUGAUAGAUGGAAAUGCAGAGAAAUCAGUGAGUAAAGCAGCGGAAUAGUAUGUUAACCAUGUGUAUCAUUGAACCGGCAAGACAAUGGAACAUUGGAUUCCAUAUUCUCAACUUGUCUAUAUUUUCUUACUCGAGAAGCAAAAAAUUGGCCAAGACGAACAAAGAACGGUAGGAGAAGAGUUAACCAGUUGUUAAGCGAAAGAGUUUCGAAAAAAGUCGCUUAAGAGUAUUUUCUACGGUUCAAACAGGGUUGCAUAACACUAGUCGAAACCUAGCAGAGCUACUGUUAGAGCUGGUCACUUCGGAGAGCUACUAGUCGUAAAGAGAGCUUCGACUGUAUAUUCUUUCUUCACAAAAAAAAUCGAUGAGGCGAUAUUUCGAUGUUUUACUCCGCUAAUAGAAAGCAGCGUGGCCGAGUGGAGAGCACAUCGGACUCCCCAGUAGUUUGGCGGUCCUAGGUUAGAUAGUCCCGCUCGAACAGUGCGUCUGCAUGGCUAGAUUUGUUUCUCGGUCGACCUGAGUCCAUUCAAUUUAUCAUUAUGAGGUUUCCCAUAGCAUCAUUUAAAAAUAGUUAUUUUAAGCAAUAGUAACACAUUAUAGAGGGUCCUCAAUAGGUUUUACUGAAUUCGGGAUUUCCCUUAUUUGAAGCUCGGGAUUCAGGAUUUGAAAGCAAAAUCGAGGCGAGAUUCGGAAUUGAAAGUAUGCACGGGAGGUGGGACGCCAAAAAUAACCCUCGGGAUUACGGAAUUACACGAAAUUUUAAGUCGGAAUCACGGGAUCGAAGGACCCUAUUGGGGACCCUCGUUAUAUGCCAGACGUAGUUAAUCGAUAAACCGAUAAUCAAUAGUAAUCGAUUUCCGAUACUGAUCGGUAGAAAUCGAUAAAGAAAAAAAGUUGUGACUUUGAUUAAUAUCGAUGAUUUUCCGAUAGAAAUCAAUGAUGAUUUUUUAUUGAUUGUUAUCGAUUUAGUUAGUCGAUACUAAUCGAUAAAUUACGGUAUUUUUUCUGUGACUUUGAUUUCUAUCGAUUUCCGAUAUCAAUCGAUAUUUAUAUUAGGCGGAUUAAAUCGAUGAACAUCGACGAUAUCGAUUGACUUCCGUAAUCGAUAUUGAUCGAUUAAGUACGUCUGGUAUAUGGCAAGGAUAAGUACGUUCUAUUGAUUCCUUUUUAACGCAACAAGCUACUGCUAUGGCCCCCGUAUACUGUAUAUGGAGAAACCUUGGCCUGGGGAGAAGGAUCACCCUCCCCUUCUAGCCGAGUCAACUUUAGUUAUAUCAACUCGGUUGAUAAAGUGAAUCGUAAAAACAGUCAAUAUUGUGUGUGGUUUGGGCAGUUGAUAAAAAAAAAAUUGUGUUUCACUCCACGAACGACGGACGAGCUUUAGUGAGUUAGUUUUAACUGAACUAACCCCUUUAUUCUAAUAUUAUAAAAGCACACGCCAUCAUUGUGUUACUGAGCUCGCCAAUAGCGAGGUUAUGGCUGCCUGUGAACACUGAUACUAUGCCCUGAGUGCGCAAGGGUGAGGACGGUGUAUUUUAUCAUUUUCACGCAGUUCUCGCGUCUAAUCAGAACAUCCCAAGCAGUAUAAAGAAAAAGGUAACUUAGGUAUUGCUUUUUCGCCUUUUGAGUAGAAAAAAGCCAAAGAAUCGUGGACAGAAUUUAACAGUUUCGUUCUUAAGUGAGUGUCUGACUAAACUGAACAUCUGGUGAAGAACUUUUAUUUUUUACAAGUGGAAUUAAUAGGUACGUGACUUUCAACAGGAUCCACCCAAAACAAUUAAGACACCAACAAAUUUCCGACGAUCAAAUGCGAAGAUCCUUUCCGGAAACCCACGAAGCUUUCAAUGCCUAAACUAAAGCAUUUAUCGCUUUUAAGUUCUUUCCUGGUGAUCGAUUAUCUUAAUUCUCUGAAAACGUGCUCGCAUGUGUGAAACUAGGGACUAUAAAAGGUUUACUGGUCUGCCUUUUGCUAAACUCAAAAGUUUGUUUUGGGAGCAAACCUUAAAGAACUUUAAAAUGACAACUAUCUUGUUGAAAAGAUGAAAAAAAGGUUUAAGCACAUCCGCCAUUUAAUUGGUCCUGAAUUUGUUAUAGUAAAUCAGUACAAUCGGUUUCGUGACCUUUCAUGUUUAUUACAAUUAUUAUAACUAUAUUUUUUAACUAUUAUGAUUCUUUCGUAUCAUAGGGUUCUUCAGGUUAAAAUAACAUGAGGAAAAGCACUAAGCAAUCAGGCGUAAUAAUUUUUACCGCGUUGGUGCACCAGUCUAACCUAACCUUAGAUACAAUUUUUCGAUAAAGAUAAAAUUUUGUCAUCUUAGACUCAAAAAGUCCUGGAAGGUAUAUUCUUUCAGCUGACCUUUACCUUAAAGUGUUAUCUGACCGCAGGAUCCUGUCUUGAUGAAUAUUAGAAGAUAGAUAACACUGCAAUCAUAAGAAUUAACGCGAAAGAUUGUGAAAAAGCUCGUGAGCAUCAUGAUAACCAAUAGUAGUUUCACAAAUCUAAACUAUAAGCCAAAGAUCACCUCAGCUUUAACUCAUAGAAUUUUAGGUCAGUUUAUAGCUGACAUGUACAUGAUCCAACACAGGAGUUGAUUUGUCACGAUUCAGCCAAACCAACAAAGACUUUAAGCGUGCUGAGAAGGAAUAUGAGUCCCGUAGACACCCCACUGGACCUGUGGGUCGUCAUAUAUCCACCGUAUCGUGGAAAAUAAGGGGAAAAAAAUCACUUAAAUAAUUAUAUGAAAGGAAUGUUCACCAGUGCCCGACGAGAACAGUUACAGCUUCUACAGUUACAGUUCCUUUUUUUGCUUUUUCCGCCUUUUUCUAUUUUUAAUAUACUUUCAAAGCGUCUGCACACGAUAGAUAACGUGAUCUUUGAGCCAAACUAUCUCCAGUGAAAAACAAUAAGCUAUUCCACGGGCGGAUCGAACGCGUCGAAAUAAGUAUCUGUCCCAACACAUACAUCGCCGAGGGACGAGUUUAAUUCGUACAAGAAAUAAAAACACGCAAUAUAGAUCAAAAUCAAACAGAGAACACCUGCAUGCUAGCGUGACUUGUGCGUGACGUCAGAUCAGAACGGGCGGCGGAAAUGACCCACGACCGACUGUUGUGACGCACCUAAGUCGUGAUCAAAAGAUCAGAGCUUCGAGGACCUUCGGAAGGUUCGAUCAUCACCAGUCAUGGAAGAAAACACAAAUGCGCCAUACACUGAAAUGAAAGCUAGGAGGUUUGAAACAGUUUCAUAACCGGGUUAAGAGGACAAAUUUGGAAUAAUAUGAGGCAUAUAGAUACAACGCGAAAAGAGUUAGGUAAGUUUGGCUUGUUUUUCAACUUUUGUGUAUAAUGUUUUAAUGAGAUUGGCAAAGGUUAACACCGGAGAAGCAGGACGCUCAAUCAAAACUAUCACGCUAUUUAACUUGCGUUUACUGCGUACUAAUAGUGUAGUGAAUAAUUUCAUGGUGAUCCAAGUCUCGAGGGAAUUGCUAAACAUGGACCUGUAAGUCUGUAAGUCCAGCAGUGAAGAUUACGUCCAAAUAUAUAGGUCUUAAGGGUUAUAUUUAAUCAUCAUCUGUCAUUAGCCUCUCUAAUCAAACAAAUAUCAAAAAGUCAUUUUGCGUGCAGUUCAACUAAAUCUUGUUUAUAAAAUAACGAGAAAUGGAAAAUCGUUACAAGUUUACAACUGAAACAUGUCACCUUGCUUUUUCCCUACCUGCGGUUAAAUCUUCAUGUUUUAGACAAUAUUUAAUGACCAUUCGUGUAAACCACUCGCUCAAGUGCUUCUUUUUUCGUAAGCUCUUAUCCGGAAACACAUCGACUGGAAAUCGCGCGUGAGCGAGAUCAGGUAGCUAGCGAAGGUCAAGUAGUAUAUUCCUCCAGUUUAUUCCUCUUUCAUUACAUUUCCUACAAAAAACCGACCAACAACGGAAGAUAGUCAUGUCAUUUUAGUAUUUACAGCUUUUGUAAACAAUUGAAAAUUAGACAUCGUUCUAUUUUUCUGAUAAUAAGACAUUUCAAGUGUUUGUACAGGUGUCUUUUUAUAGUACUUAUCUCCUCUUAAUCAGUGAUGAUCGUUCGUACGUGGCAUGGUUGGCGUGACAGGACGAGCUGUAACUUGACCUGACACAAUGGUCAGUCAUUAAUAUUUCCAACUUUCGCAACAAAUUCAAUGACCCAUACCUUUUCAUAUUAGUUUCACUUAUAAAAAAAAAUUAAAACAACAACAACAAAUAAUGCGGAAAAAAACAAAAGUAUCCGCUGGAUUUCACAAUCGCUUACACUAUUCCAGCGGAUACACGAUAUAUAUCAACCUGCCGUGCAAUGUAAGGUAUCCACAACACAAGGCAACGCAACGUGCGUCCCUGAUACAAUAUUGAGUCAUAGGUAGCAAUUUUAGCAUACGACAACAUCCUGAUUUCUGUCUUUUGUGCCUUGCCGAUGAGCGUUUAUUGUCCCAUAAGCUUAACUUAAUCGCAGCUCUUUUCUAAGUUACCAUGGAAACGAACAAGAACUACAAAUUAGUUUCUUUGUGUUCGAUCGACAGAACAAGCAACUAGGUCAAGACGAUUUAAGCAGAAGCCAAACGUUGUGCCUGCUGGGAGCACUCAAGACAUAACCCAAAAAUACACGAAAAACAACGUUACGUGCAAUAAUUCUCACGUAUUCCCACUGAAGAUUGAAUACUUAAAAGGAAACAGUCAACGUCAAAUAAUUGAGUUAUUUGUGUCGCUAAACUUUUAAAGAGAAAGUUCAACAAGCUUUCGCUCCCGGCUGUUAAACACUGUUUACCGUUCACACCUAUUCAUAUUCACUAGAAUAUUUACACAAUUACUUAAUAAUUUUAACAAAUACCAUGAAAAUCCACUGAGAAGGGCCGGGCCGUCAAGUAAUCUUUUUAUACGCAAAGGGUCAACAAGGGAAAUAAAAAGAGUAUUUUGAAAAGAGUAGAUAAAAAGCUAAUGGUCGAUUCAUUGAUUUACGAAAAGCUCAGCAACUCAUAUUUAUGGCCAGUGUCAAGUUCUGCAAAUAAUGACUGGCGAGAGGCUGUCGCGAUGAAAUAAUUAGAGGAGCCGAUUAUUGGAUUUUUUGAUAAUUACGCUAUACAUCAUGCCGAAUAGUUCAGCGUGGUUCUGAAAACCGAUGUUCAGUCAAUAUUUGUUAUAAAAUAACUACUAAUACCAGACAGUAAAGAAACAGUGAGAAGCUACGUAACCAAAGUUUUCUUUAAAGGCAGAACUCAAAUAUAUAUGAUCUUAAGUUGUUGUUACGUGUUAAUAUUAUGGUAAAGUUAUGCCGUUUUCAUAAAUCAUUUGCCGACAAAAUACCGAAAGGUUUAUAGUGCAACAACCUAAUGCACUUCGAGUUCCGUUUUUAUCCUUUGGGCAAACAUCUAGUCAUGUUUAAACAAAUAAUAAUGUUCGCGCCAGUCCAGUUAAACAACGAAGUUAUUUUUUAUGCUGAAUUAAAGAGUGUAUAAUCCGAAAACUUGUUGACCUUGAUUCGGAUGAAUUGACAUCUCCCAAUUUUCUUAAAAUUAUCAUGAGAAAAUGAACGAGGCCUUUUGCGUUGACAGGCAAAUUUAGAGAAAGUAUGUCUUUUAAAAAUGUGAUUUGGCUUGAGCAAUCCAAAGUUAGCUACAGGUCCUACAGUACAACCCUCAAUAUAACGACGGAAGGGCUAAGGGACUGGCAACUUUGUUCGCUAUAACCAGGUUUCUUUUAACGAGAUUCUUUUUCAUAUAUUUUACCAUAUUACUGGGGCAAAGAAAAUCGUUCGUUAUACCGAGGACUUCGUUAUAUAGAGGUUCCACUGCAAUUGUUGUUAAAAUAAUAACAAACAGGCGUGAGGUGACAGUCUGAACGACUCUGACAAAGCGGGCGCAUGACUAACUUGCAUUUUCAGAUUGCUCACUAAAUUUGUAAUGACCCAAUCAGCUGCUUGCAAGCAGCGAAAUUUCACGGCGCAGGCGGGGAACAAAUGAAUAAUGAUCCCUCAGGGUACGCGGAGACUUGGUCAAUUUAACGUCCGCUUGCUAAGGAACAACGACAUGUAAGUUACUCAGUCAAUUAAGUAUGAAUCGAAAGUGAGACAGGUUAUUCAGUCUAAGAGGUGACUUUGUGAAAUUGAAAGAAGUGGAAAGACGUUAUGAAAAGGAUAGGUAUGUUAUGUUAAUCCAUGCUUUGUCGCUAUAACACGUAUUAAGUUCCGUGUAUUGUGACUUUUAUGUUUAGAAUAACACGCAACUAUAAUUAGGACUCAAUGAAUGUGCUUUUUAAAGCACGUUAUUUUAUAUAACUCUCAAGUUACGCCCAGGCGGUUAUUUACAACUCGUCAUUCGAAGACCUUGGUAGUGAAACUGAAUUAUAGGAGGUAAAGCCAUACAGGCAGGCGAAAACCCGGCGACCGUAGCAAUGGAAAGCUGUAAACAGACCGAUUUAUUCCGCUUUCUCAGUUUCAAGAAAACUGCUUUAUCAGAAGACCGCAGCGGGGAUUGAUGUUCUGAUUACGGUAGAUAUCACAGUCAUAAUAUCAAGUGAACAAGUCGGUCAAGAGAGUUCAAAAGUGUCAUAGCUGGUCAAAUCCUUGAAUCGGAUUAGCGGCGGGAAAAUUCAUUAUAGCCAUAUUCAACAAUAUUCAAAGCUAAUUGCAUGUUCAUUGUUCGUUUGCAUUUUUCUUAGUGGAUUCAGUAUAGUGUAAGUUCUUUUGAAAUAAAUCCCUCCGUCAGUCAGACGCCUUCCAAAUUAAACGAUUUGUUAGCUUCAGCAAGAGCAGCAUUUGCAUAGAAUGACAACAGCUAAAUUAAUAAUGAACAUGAUUAUGGAUAAUUUGAAGUGGUACUGAAUAGAUCCUUGUCGUGUCGUGACCGAGAUACGGUUUAUCGAUUUCUUUGUUGGGAGUUUGGGCAUCAAAAAAUAGCGCAAACAAAGUACGUAGACACGGUGUCGAGCCAAUUGAACGGUAACUACAAAACACUGCUCCAUAUAUAAGUCAUUUGCUGUAAACUUAGUGGUGUCAGACGAAAAGCCGUAUUGGCCACCGACUUUUGAACUAAAGAGACGAAACACAGCUGGCGCCCGGACCAAGCCCAACGGCAUAACUCAAGCGUAUGUACCUGUAUCAAUGUUUUCCGCGAACAAACACAAUUAGUUGCUAACUUUAGCUCAUGUAUAUGGCACAAUCUCAAAUCCAAUCACGCUUUUUUUCUCACACACUGAUGCUUUGUCGUUAUAUUUAGCGCUCAGUAUGAUUUGAUCGUGCAGGCAUUCACUUGUUAUUCACACGGGGUCGGUUAAUAACAAAGGUAUUUUACGCAUCCAUGCUGUUACUGCAUUAGAGGAGCGCUGUUAAAUCAACCUGUGCAUAGUUAGAACACUUACAAAAAAAAGGCAGACUUGCUAUUCUUAUUAUAUAGUUAAUGAACACCAAAGGACAAUGAUAUUUGUCACCUCAUAUGUGUGCUAGCCGAUCAAUUUCUAUUCGUUUAGUUUCAUACUCAUAACAAUGUCUCAUUAUAUUCGCAAAAUAAAGGUAAUUGUACUUUGAGAACUUGGAGCUAAGAGCAUAUAUUAUCACAUCAGAUCUUGUGAAUGGUUAUUGAAAAGAAUAUCGCAAUACUGAACUAAGUCAAAUGUGAAACAAUGUGAAGUUAUUUAGAAACGUGGCCGACAUUCAUACGAGAAAAUAGGCGCGAAUAACAUAACUUAUUUCGUCGUUCGUGCAUCGUUAAUGAAGUUGAAUAAACACGCUAUAAGAUGAUUUGCUAAUGAUAAAAGGAUACAAUUCGACAUUCCUAUUUACAAUUUGGCUCUGGUAUUAAUUGGUCAAGAUACUUGGAAGGUAAUAAUGAUCGGAAGUUUGAAUAAUUGCAGAUUUGGUGGUUACUCUAUUUCUACCAUUACAUAACUUUCUCUUUAUUUCCAGUCUCCGGCACAAAAAGGGACCUGAAAAUUCUGAGGUGAUUACUAGCAAUAUAUGGUUUGGUCAGGGUAUAAUAAGUAAGUUUGGCGAAACACAUUAAAGGACGGUCUACGCGGAGAAAAUGCAUCUUUUUAAUUUUACUUUUGCACAAAAAGAUCCCUUUAUUGAAAAAUUAAUGUUAUGAUGUAUUCUAACUCAGCUUUCGGCGAACUGAUAACGUAUUUGUUGACGUUUGUAAGUCCCUUGUUGGAUUUACCUGCCUUGUAGAUGUCCGAAUGUUACACUGAGUGUUGAGGGGGGAAGCUCUAUCUUGCUGUCACAAAGGGAGAAAUGAUCAGUGUUUUUUUUAUAAGAUAAACUUCGCUGACAAGGAUUCAUUUUGGGGAAGCAUAUGGAAAAAAUUAUUGACGUAUAGCGAUAUUUAAUGAAGAGUAUUUGUAAACACGAAUUAUUAAUCGAAAAUCUCGUUCAUUAUUGAGUGGAUGAAUAAUUGCAUACUGAGCUUCUGAGUUCCAACUUUAUUACGAUCAGUUCAUUUUAGUUAUCAGAUCAAAACGGAAAACUGCCUUCUCUAGAACUGUUACGGCCUUGAGUCACAAAGGAAAGAUACACGAAACACAACGCAUGCAUUUAUGACUUCGCUAGAACUAUUGUAGAUUAGCAUAUGACAUGAAUUCAACGCUUGUGACCCUGCCUACUUAGGCAAAAUUAAGAAAGGAAUCAUAUAUAUUAAGGGGGGGCUUCAUUGAAAUCAUUACUUACACAUUUAUAUAAGAUUCCUGCUUACUCACUUCACGGCUUAGUACAAACGAUUAAACUUGUGCCGUGAAUAUUGAAGCAAAAUGUUUGUCCAAUCAUUAGCACAAAAAAGGAAAUUGGUAUAUUGUAAUAAAUGUCUUAAAAUGCUAUUAACGUUGAUUUGUAGCAAUUAUCUGUCGUUAUUAUUGGCUUAAAAAAAUCCUGCCGGCGAAUAAAUAUUGCGAUAGUUCGGAUUAAUUGCGGUAGCCUAACAAACGAGUGUUUACCAAGGUAGGAGACCGUUCAUCGCUAUCUCUGAGACUAUACGGAACAGUUUACCUUUCACAAUGUAACGCGGGACUUUGUGUUUAUAUCACCGCCCGACUUACCUCUAAUCCAGUGAGUCGGUUCAAUCAAAUGUUUGAUAUUGUUCAAGAAACUUUUUAAAAUUUAUUUAAACUUUGAUCAUUUUUAUACGUUUGGUAUUGUAGCAUGUUUCCUACGAAGGAAAUGCGUGAUUUGCGCCAUUUUAAAAUAAUAAUUCAGAGAAAAUUGCCGUUGCAUUGACCUUGGACGCUUAACAGUAGUUUUAAAUCGAGGCUGUUGUUAAGAUUCAGUGAUUAGUUUGUACGCUCAACGGUGCAUUCUUUCAAGCUAGUGGAGACGACCAAACCAAAGCCCCUCCGUCCUCCCUACUUCGCUACCCAAAGGGUCUCCUUCUCCCCUGGAAGCAAGCUGGUCUUGAUCUCCGACUGACUGUGCCUGCACUUAAGAUUUUAAAAAAAUAUAUCCAUAACGUAAAAAAUUGAAAGAAUGAAAUUGUCCACGUGCAUUUCAAGACAUGCCUGGGGCAGCAGCCCUUUCUAUUAGCAGGGGACAAUUAGCUAAAAACACUUGAACGACAGAGCGGAAAAACAACAAUAUCUUAUAUAGUCAUUUCGAAAGUUCACUUAAAGGACAGCUAGUCACCUUGUUUGUCUCUUAAAGUGCUGCUUUUUUGGGUCCAGAAACAUAUUUCUUUGGACACUGAAACUUCCUUCGACUGGACCGAGUAAGUAUUUAUAUAUUCUUUUUUUACCAAAGUAAGUUUGACUUUAAAAUGCUUUGUCAAUCUCGGUGGAUAGUUUAUUUUGCAAAAUGCGUUUGGUUAAGUGGUUUCGUGCGGGAAUUGAAGUUUGAGAGGUGUAUAUAACAGAGAGCCCAGCCACAACUCAAGUAGAAGGUGUAUAUGAUUUGAUUUUAAUCUAUAAGGGACUCAGUUAAAGUAUCUUGGCAUAUUACAUGUAGUUUAACUCUCCACCACUCCGGCCAUUUCUAUCUCUUACGUGUAAGAAAAAUGAAGACAGAUUUGUUCUCAGCCAUAUUCUGAAACUUGCAAACUUAACUUAUGUUUCUUUAAAUCACUGCGAUAUCAAGUCGUAAAAACGAGCCUCAUGACGAUUUAACUCAGCUUUGUAAAGAUUUUAAGUGAAUAUCAAUGUGUCCUUUCAUUGUCUCGGUCUAUAAAUUCACUGUCAAUGACAAUCGUCAAGGAAAGGCCUGCGUUUAUUGAAAAAAACCGAACACACCGUUCCAUCCCAGCAGAGCAAGCAAACUGUAUUUCCAGAAAGAAUAUGACUUAUCGUCAAUGUGUUUUACCUACUGAAUAGUUCGUGCCGAAGGAGUAAUCAAGCUAAUGGAUUCAGGCAGGAUAAUAGCUUUUACUUACUUAUGGAUUCAAUUCAGCUACCUUGGAAUGCAUCAUUAGUGCUGUGAGGGAAACCACGUGUCACGUGUCUGAUUUCAAAGACUAG